GUUGAAGCAAUCCAAUGAUUUCGAAUUUCAUUUAAAAUGCCUUUUUCAAUUCCUUUAAAUUAUAUGUUUUACUUUCUAACCGCUAAAGAACACCACAGCCCUGAAGAUUUAACUGAAAAUGAAUUCUAAUUAACUCCGACUACUCGCGAUCAUCUGGCUUGCCAAGGCUAGCCUCCAUACUUCCGCUUAAGCUGAAAGGAAAGUUUCCCAAUCUGGGCGUCAAUAAUUUUACUUCGACUGAAAUGUGAUUCGGAACAUGGCGGCCAUUAGCACGAUACACAUUGUUGUUCUUUCCUGUCUCCUUCUGUCGUCUGUAAGAGGGGAUGUUUGCGGAGACCCGCCAAAAAUUAACAACGGUAAAGUACAGACUGAGUCGAAAACGGGCAACGUCACGGCUUUUUACACCUGUGACGAACGGUUUGCCAAAGUUGGUGAAGAAAAAAUUGCUUGUCUUUCAUCUGGUAAAUGGAAGAAAGCCACGAUCAAAUGUGUUGCAGUCUGUCCUUUACCACCCAUUCCACCACAUGCGUUCAUUAAAAGGCCAAGAUCACAAUAUCUCGAGGGAGACUGGGUAUUCUACGCCUGUAGACCAGGAUAUCGACCUCUGGAUGGAUUGGGCUUUAAUCGGUGCUUACGAGGAACGUGGAAGAAAGUGACAUUCAAGUGUGUUGUGUCCAAGGAAUGCAAGAAGCCAGAGGAUCCCAAAAAUGGUGAAACAUUCGGUAGUGAUUUCUCUGUUGGCAAAAGAGUGAGGUAUACCUGUGAUACUGGCUUUGUUCUUCAAGGAGCUUCAGAAAUCAAAUGUUUGAAUAAUCGAACGUGGAGUGGUGGAGUGCCAUCUUGCAAAGUUGUUGACUGUGGAAGCCUACCAGAUCCUGUCCAUGGAAGGAAAAUCAAGGAAACGAAAACUACGUUUGGAGGCAGAGCUGAUUUCAUUUGUAAGAAGAGAGGGUAUUCUUUGAUCGGGAAGAAGAGCCGAUUAUGUCAAGCUAGCGGUGCAUGGAGCGGCAAGCCAGUGGUUUGUAAAGCCCCUUGUGGUGAUCCUGGGAAACCAGUUGGUGGACGACGAAUUGGAAAGAGCUUCAGACAUGGAAAAAAAGUGAGAUUCAGCUGUAUGGAAUCUCUGAAGAUUCAAGGACCAAAAAGAAUUAUUUGUUUUGAUGGAGUUUGGAGUGACAAGAAACCUAUGUGCCUGCCCCCUUCGCAAGUAAAAGAUUAUUCAGAGUGCGGUAUGCGGAGUAAAAUUCGCCUUUCUCGAAUGGUUGGUGGUGUUCCAAGUACUCAUGGAAUGUGGCCCUGGCAAGCUGGACUGUAUAGACUUGAUCAAAAGACCGGCGAAAAACAGUUUCUUUGUGGUGCAGCGCUGAUUAAGCGACAGUGGAUUAUCACUGCAGCACACUGCUUUAUGUACAGACACACAGAAGAUCAAGUCAGACGCCCUCUUACAUCUCCACCAGAAAUGUAUAAGAUCAUGGUUGGCGACAGUAUGCGCGACAUAGAAGAGGACUCAGAGCGUACAUUCUUCGCGACUAAAAUAAUAAUGCACCCUGGAUACCAUGACCACUUCAAAGAGAAUGACAUUGCUUUGGUCAAGUUAUCCACCAAAGCGACACUUACACGGAAUGUAAGGAAAGUUUGUCUCCCAGAGUCGGCCAACAGCUCGACAUGUUGCGAUAGCGUAACCCCUGGAAGUCAAGGGUUUGUUGGAGGCUGGGGAGCGACACAAGUGUUAAGCCCAGGAGAGACCGUAAACUCUGAAAACUCGUCAUCUACGGUGUUAAAGUACGCUAAGUUCAAAAUUCAGGACGUAGAGCUGUGCCGCAACUCUACUGACUACCACUUUAACGAGUCUCUAAAUUUCUGCGCGGGAGGCGAUAAACAUGGCGUCGGUCCAUGUACGGGCGACAGUGGAGGUCCAUUCGUCAUGAAUAUGUUCCAGGGCGGCGCAUGGAAAUGGGUUGCUGUAGGCCUCGUUAGCUGGGGGGAGGGGUGUGGCAUCCAAGGUCGAUAUACAUUUUACACUAAGCUAGCAACUUAUGUAGACUGGAUUAACAAGCACACCAGGAGAUGAGAUCAACGUAAAACUAAAUAAAAUUGAUAAUAAUAACAUAAAAAUGAAAGCGUCAAGAAGUGGAUCACGCACUUUGCCAUACCAUUUGAUAUUAAGUGAGAAGGCGAUGUAAAGCAAAAUAUCAAGUCAUGAAGUCAGGUAAACUUAGUAAGGUUUCGUGGCUAAUUGAAACUUUCCUCCAGGUGAAAGACAUUAACAAAAGUUAAUGCUCUUAAACAAAAGAAGUCACAUUAAUUCCCCAUGAGGCAACAAAAGAAAGAAAAAACAGUGGUCGGAUGGCAAAGUUACAUAAUGGCGCGAUAGUGACUCGUCUUUUACACAACUUUCUUCUCUUGUGUAUUAUCCUAGACAAAAGAGGCUGUUGUUAACUGACAAAAAAUCUUUUAUUAACUGACAAAAACAAAACAAAAAUGCAGCAUAUCCUGAUCAGCCAAGUUUUUACAAACAAAAGAGUUCUAUUGACGUUGAGUAAAGAAUAUAGUUACAUUGCUCUCGCUCUUUUAACUGACCUAAUUUAAAGACAAAAGAAAAUAUAUAAAUUAACGUCUACUAUUAAAGGUAUAGCAGAAGCAUCAUUAUAUUCCUUGCCUUAUUUGUCCGCUAACAAAUCCACACAUUUGUACCUAAACGACGAUGACCAUUACAUUAACGUUAUAAAUUGGCAAAUCGAUAAUACAAAGCAGCCAGAAUGGCUACAACAUAAAAAAUAAAACAACAACGAAAAGGUUAUCGCCUCGCAAACCUGCUCUGUUUUGCGCAUAGAAAGCAUAUGCCUGUGUGUUAAUCUCCUUGAGGAUAACAUCGCAGCAUAUUUGUACCAUAUCAAGUUUAUUUGAGAAAUGAUAACUCGUCGUAGUUUUUGAUAGAAAUAAAAAAAAGGUGCAAUGAUGGUG